UUUUGAUGAUUACGCAUUCAGUCUGGGUCAAAACCAACAGUUUGCAUUGUCUGAGUCGUCAUGUUGCUCUGCUGGAUGUUUAGAUUACUUACUAUACUGGUCUUCACAAGAGCAUUGAAUGCUCUUCUGUGGUCUACGUCACCGGAAGUGGGGACAUUAUCACAGGAUGUGUUGGGCAGGAUUUGUCAGUCCCAUGGUCCUUCACGACAAAUCCGGAUGAGGCUGUUGUAGACAUCACGUGGUUUCUGGAGAGAAAUGACGGAGGGAGGACCAUAUUCGCCAGCCGUAUAGACGGAGACUUCAUCUCGUUGUCAAGGCAACACGUGCAGUUCGUGCCCAACGCUGGUUUCCGGUUACAGAACGCGACUGUGGGCGACACUGGGCUGUACUCAGUGCACGUCAGCACUCACGACGGCGCCGGUCACGUGACCACAAGCAAUCGCUCUGCUGUUGUGGAUGUGGCGGCUCCUCCGAAACUGGCUGGGGGUCAGUUCCUAGCUCGCCGACACGUAAUGCCCGUCGUGGAUGAUAUCACAGACACCUUGAAUGUCAUCCUGGAGUGCGGACAGUUCACUGACCGGGGUCAGCCGCCGAUCAUCGUCGAUUGGACGACACCAUCAGGACCUGUUUACACAGACUUCAACUACCAGGACGGUUACUUUCUCCUCCCCCUGCAAUACGUGGAGACAGGAAACUACACUUGCUCUCUCUUAGACCAGAGUCCGGCAAAACGAUGUCUUGCCAGCGACUCCGCCGUUACUAGGGGAGGCAACUGUCUACAUUGACCAAAACGUAAACUGGACGGCAAUGGAGGCAAUUCAAAGGGAGUUAAUCGAAAGAGAGGAUACUCUGAGACAUGAAAACGAGGAGCUGAAGUCCCAGGUGCACAAUCUCACACAGACAUUACAGCAGCUUGAGCAAGUCAUUAAUCCUCAAGAUUUCUCGAGCAACCAGUCCACGUGUGUAGACAUACAGCAGCACAACAGCAUGAGUGGUGUUCACAAACUGUACGAAGGGAACGUUUCAGUGUCGGUCUACUGCGACCAGGACACAGAUGGAGGAGGGUGGACGGUGUUUCAGCGUCGGUAUGAAGGUUCUGUAAACUUUUUUCUGAAUUGGACAGAAUACACACGAGGCUUUGGGGAUCUGAACGGAGAGUUCUGGCUGGGACUGGACAACCUGCACAUCCUAACGUCCUCGAGACGCCACGAGCUGCGCGUGGAUCUUCAAGCUUUUAACGGGACCCGAGGGUUCGCUUCUUACAGUGGCUUCAUCAUUGGCAACAGCAGCACCAACUAUAAGCUCGAUUUCGACGAUUUUCUGGGUGGAAACGCAGGUGACAGUCUAACAUACCACAAAGGUCACGAGUUCUUGACACCUGAUCGGGACAGUGAAUACAAAUGUGCAAGUGGCAGGCACGGGGCGUGGUGGUACGAUAACUGCUUCUACUCAAACCUCAAUGGCAUCUACAGACCCACUGCUACCACACCACACGCCGACGGCAUCAUCUGGCUUUCUUUCGCAGGAUAUGAUAAUUCACUCAAACGGACGGAAAUGAAAAUUCGUCCUAUGUAGAUUUUUAACAAUUCACAGUUUGUAAUCAAAACUUUCAUUAAAGUUGCGACAUCA